AUGGAUUUUCCUGAGAUUAAUAUAAUUAGUGAUUUUGAAGUUGGAGUUAAAUGUUUACAUAAUCCUUCAUUAGUUCCUCGAUUUUUUUCAUUAGAAAAAAUCCCACAAGCUUAUAAUAUUUGGAAAUAUGGUGCUUUAUUUAUCGCAAUUUUAGCUACAUUUAGCAGCUUAAUUCGUAGAAUUAAGCUAUUAUUUAUCUACAUUCGUAGAAUUAAACCUUCAGCUGAACCCCUGCUGCAGUAUUUAGGGGAAGAUUACGACUUAUCUGACGAUGAUGAAGGCGAUGAACUUGUUGAUCAAUGUUCCACAUCGGAAUGGUUGUCAGAAGAACCUGACAACGAUGAUGAUUUCGAGGAUCUAGUUGUGUCUGGUUCGAGUUAUUAUUUCAGAGAGAAAGGAGAAAAUGGUCAUUUGAGAUCUCGACAUCGGAGAAGCAGCUUAGAAAAGUUCACCUGGCAAUGCAUCAAUGGAAACAAUGUUGUUAAACUAUGGGAUAGUUUAGCUUUAGGAUUAGAUUAUGAAUAUGAUGACUUAUCGAAAAGUGUUGUUACUUUAUGGGAUAUGAAUCAGGAGGAGAAAAUCGGAAACUUAUUUAGUUCGUCGAAAUGUGAAGAUCUUAAUGUUGCAAUGUCGUCGCCGGGGGUUAUCGUGUCAUCGGAGUUUCAGAAUAACAACAACAACAACAACAACGUUUGUGGAGUGUUUGGUGCGUUCGAUACGAGGAUGAGAAAUCGGUCGUCGGUAGUAUCAGCUAAUUGGUCUGCUGGGAAAGUCAUCGGAGUUGAUGACUCCGGGACCGGGAAUGUCUAUAUGAGGCAUAAAGAUGACGGAGUUUUAACGGUGGGAGAUAUGAGAAACGUUAAGUCGCCGUUAGAGUUAACGGAGAUUGACGGCGAUGACACGUGGUGGGAUGCGGAUGCCGUUAUUGUUGAGGAGAAGUUUGACGGUUCAAAAAAUUGA